GCAGUCAGUUGGGCUUGGAGGAAAUGGGUGGGGAAAAUGUCCCUUUAUGAACCAUGCCUACAUUCCACUUACAUCUCUUGGUUUUUUUCCCCCCUGAAAAAGGGGAAUGGAUAGAGUGAGUAAGAAGGGGUGGAGAAAGAAAGCCAGCAAGACUGAGGGAGGGAAAGGGAGCGUGAGACGACUAGGAGAGAAAAGACGGAUACACAUUGAAGAAUUCUUGUUCCCUUGAGUUCAAUAAGGUGUUUACAGAACCGGAUAGGAUGGCCUUCUUGUUAAUGUUUGUGACGCUGCUGCAUUUGAUCACAUUGGCCAUGUUGUUCAUCGCCACCAUGGAGAAGUCCUGGUGGACGUGGGAUAACGUAGACCGAGCAGAUCUCUGGCACAACUGCAUCUAUGACAACACGACAGACACCAUGAUGUGCACCUCUGCGUCUGAGAACGAUUGGUUGCAGUCGGUGCAGGCGCUCAUGGUCCUGUCCGUGAUCCUCUCCUCCCUCUCCAUCAUAGUGUUCAUUUGGCAGCUCUUCACCACUUCCAGGAGGGGGCUCUUCUACUUCAGUGGGCUUUCUCAGAUAUUUGCAGGUCUGGCCACAUUUGCAGCUGUCCUGAUCUACACUUUCCAAAGAAAAGAGAUCCUCCAGCACCCCCAGAAGCGGCAUGAUGGUCAUUUCGGCUACUGCUUCAUCCUGGCCUGGGUGUGUGUUCCCCUGCUGUUCAGCAGUGGGGUUAUCUAUGUCCACCUGCGCAAGAAAACACACACCGCAGCCUGAAGGACCGACACUUAACCCAGCGAGUCGGCUCUUUGUAUCGACUCUUUUAGGUGAACUUUGAGAGUUGACUCCCAUUUAUGAACUGUAUUUUUCCCCUCUUUUUCUUUUCGUUCUGUAGGUUUAGGAAGUGCUAGUGUGUUUGAAUUGUCAAGAACAAAAUUCCAAACUGUUUUAUUGUGAAUGAUGAGACGCUUUAUUGUAAAUCAUUAUUAUAUAUACUGCACCGCUUACCAUCUUCCCAUAGAUGGCGCUGCUGUCCAGGCUGAUGCUUCAUCAGACUCUUUGUAUUGAUCUGAUCAGUUAAAAUCCUAUAUUUUUUCAUAGAAUAUUUUUGUGUGACCAAAAACAGAGCUGGCAGCAUCCAUAUUAUUCCUACUGAAGUAUUGUUUUGGAAUAAUAUUUUCAUAACUGCUCUUAAAUAGUUUUUUUUUUUUGUAGGUGAUGUCUCAUAUUGGAAAUCUCCAUAUAGACCUUUGUGGGAUAUUCUUUGAAUGUGAUGUUAAGUAAUAUAUUAACACAUACAGUACAUGUAUUAAUUGUUACAGUAUUACUUAUCAAUAGAGAAGCUUAUUGUUAUUUGUUAUUAUUACAGGAUCGAAAUGCUUUAACAAUAUUUUGUAAUAAGUACUUUAACAUGCUAUAUGAGCAUUUUGUUAAUUGUCAUAAUGAAGAAACAUCUGUAAAACCUAACAUACCCAAAGGCAUUUGUGUUUCUUGAAUAGUUCUAAGGGUAUGCAAAUAAAUUUUGCACAAAAUAACGUUACAAAA